AUGCUCUUCUGGCACACGCAGCCCGAGCACUACAACCAGCACAACUCCGGCAGCUACCUGCGCGACGUCCUCGCUCUGCCCAUCUUCAAGCAGGAGGAGCCCCAGCUGUCCCCAGAGAACGAGGCCCGCCUGCCGCCCCUGCAGUAUGUGCUGUGUGCCGCCACGUCCCCAGCUGUGAAGCUGCACGAAGAGACUUUGACCUACCUCAACCAAGGUCAGUCUUACGAAAUCCGACUGCUGGAGAAUCGGAAGCUGGGAGAUUUUCAGGAUCUGAACACAAAAUAUGUGAAGAGCAUCAUCCGCGUGGUGUUCCAUGACCGGCGGCUGCAGUACACGGAGCACCAGCAGCUGGAGGGCUGGCGGUGGAGCCGGCCCGGGGACCGCAUCCUGGACAUUGAUAUUCCACUGUCUGUUGGUAUCUUGGACCCCAGGGCCAGCCCGACCCAGCUGAACGCAGUCGAGUUUUUGUGGGACCCUUCGAAGAGAGCCUCUGCGUUCAUUCAGGUGCACUGCAUCAGCACAGAGUUCACCCCGAGGAAGCACGGGGGCGAGAAGGGCGUGCCCUUUCGGGUGCAGAUCGACACCUUCAAGCAGAACGAGAAUGGGGAGUACACGGAGCACUUGCACUCGGCCAGCUGCCAGAUCAAGGUGUUCAAGCCAAAAGGAGCCGAUCGGAAACAGAAGACGGACCGGGAGAAGAUGGAGAAAAGAACGGCCCAAGAGAAGGAGAAGUACCAGCCGUCCUAUGAAACCACCAUCCUCUCAGAGUGCUCCCCGUGGCCUGACGUGGUUUACCAGGUGAACAGCGCUUCGUCCCCAAGCUACAACGGCUCCCCAAACAGCUUCGGCCUUGGCGAAGGCAACAGCUCCCCGACCCAUCCCGUGGAGGCCCUGCCCGUGGGCAGUGACCACCUGCUCCCCUCGGCCUCCAUGCAGGACGCCCAGCAGUGGCUCCACCGCAACAGAUUCUCCCAGUUCUGCCGGCUCUUCGCCAGCUUCUCAGGUGCUGACCUGCUGAAGAUGUCGCGCGACGAUCUGGUCCAGAUCUGUGGCCCUGCAGACGGGAUCCGGCUCUUCAACGCUAUCAAAGGCAGAAACGUGAGGCCAAAGAUGACCAUUUACGUCUGCCAGGAGCUGGAGCAGAACCGCGUGCCCCUACAGCAGAAGCAGGAUGGCAGUGGGGACCCCAGUCUGUGUGUGUACCACGCCAUCUUCCUGGAGGAGCUGACCACCUUGGAGCUGAUCGAGAAGAUCGCCAACCUGUACAGCAUCUCCCCGCAGCACAUCCACCGGGUGUACCGGCAGGGCCCCACCGGCAUCCACGUGGUGGUCAGCAACGAGAUGGUACAGAAUUUCCAAGAUGAAUCCUGUUUCAUCCUCAGUACCUUAAAAGCUGAGAGCAACGACGGCUACCACGUCAUCCUGAAAUGUGGCCUCUGAACAGAAGCAGAGCGGGCAGCUGCCUCCCACCCCAAGCCCCAGGGACCCCCUUGGAUGUAGAAAUUGCACCCCUGGAAGCCAUGGCGAGGAGGGAACUGGCCCAGCCCGUGGAAGCCACAGACCAACCACCAGCCGAGACCCGCGGAGGCCAUGUCUCUGAUGGGCAGAAAGCCAGGGGCUCCCCUGCCCCUCCUCUCAGCCCCCAGCUUUGGAGCUGUUCCUCGUUCUUUCUGCCAGCCCUGCCAUUCUGAAGAGCCAACAGCGGGGCAUCUUCUCUGAAUCCCCUUGCUCCCCUAGUUGGAGGGUAGUUCACCAGGUACCUGGGUGCCACCUGUACUGGUUCCUUCCCACCACUCUCCUGCCU